AUGAAACUAGCCAGUACCACACCGCCUCUCACUUCCGCUAUCCGAUUUGCUUCCGGCGUCCCCGUCAUCACCGUCAAGACCCACCCCCUCGCCGUCCUCAAAACAAAUGGCUCGCACAAAAUCCGACAAAAAGGCAUGCAGCUCACGGGCAAGACCCGCUCCGCGCUCCAGGACGUCGUUACCAGGGAAUACACUAUUCACCUGCACAAGCACGUGCACGGUCGCUCUUUCAAGAAGCGUGCACCAUGGGCCGUCAAGUCGGUCGUCACCUUUGCUCAAAAGUCGAUGGGUGUCAAGGACGAGUUGUGGAAGCAGGGUGUUAAGAACGUUCCUCACCGGGUCCGCGUCAAGCUUGAGCGCAAGCGAAAUGACGACGAAGACGCAAAAGAGAAGCUCUAUGUCUACGCAUCGCAUGUCCCCGUUCCCUCCUUCAAGGGACUGCAAACUCUUGUUGUCGAGGCAGAGUGA